AUGGGCCAUAAACCAGCCAUCAUUGAGGAUCUCCUUGCCAAUAUCCCCGGGGUUGUGAUGGUGCAAUCCUCAUCUUCUCUAUCCCAACUAAAACCAAAGCUGAAAAGAGUGAAGAAGGCCAAGGCUAAGGCCACAGUGACUCAAAUUGACACUGUGUCAAUCUCAAAACUAGUCGAGGUCGAGAAAAACCAAACAGCCGCUGAGAAAAGGCCAACCGAGGCCGAUGCAUCAGAUUCCCAACCAUCUAAAAGGCCGAGGUCUGACCAACUUGAGGGUCGCAGAUUUCCGCACAAUAUGACCUGGGCUCCCAAAGUCAUGGUGGGGGACAGACCCUUGACAGUUGGUGACAGCGUAAUUAAUGACGUCAAGGUUAUCCAGCAUACUCAUUCAAACGCGAUCAAGACUGAGAUGGCAAGGAAUGAGUUGGCAAAAAAGACUAAGGAAGCUGCCAAACUCCUCACCUCACUCAAUCAUGCCGAAGUCAACAAUCGAGCUUUGUUGGAUCAAGCCAAGGCUUCCAAAGAUGCUCAAAAUCAAGCCGAGAAAAAAGCCAAAAUGGUCAAUACUGAAGCCGCAACCUCCAAAGCCAAUCUUGAGGCUGCCAAAGCCAGAGUAGCUGAGCUAGAGGUCAAGCUCCAAAAGGCCCUCGACUCAAAGGAAGCCGAUGUCAAGGUGGCCGAUGAGAAGGCAUUUGAGAAAGGACAAGCUGCUGUCCGAGAUCAAUACAAAGAGCAACCCAAGGAUUCUGGAGACGAAGCUAAUGAGGAUGGUAAUGCCGACGAUGAGGAAGAGGAAGCUGCCACUGAUGCUAAAUCCCCCACCCUAAAUGAGCAAGUCCUUGACUUGACUGAAGAUGAGGAGGAUGACUUGGCUUCCAAGGGCACCUCUCCCAAACCAACUUUUGAGGUCCAAUGCGCCGAAGAGAGUUUAGACCAGACUCUGCUCGAAAUAGAUGCCGAGAUAGUGGUGGAGAAGAAUGUAAUACUGGCAACUAAGGCCGAUAAAACUCCAACAACCGAGGUUGAGCAGUCCCACACCAACCCCAGUGCUUAG